CUUGCGCUGACGGGAAUGGUGAAAUACACCUCCUUGAACGUUGACGCACCUGUCAUUAUGGCCCUUCGCGAGGUGGGAGCACCGCCAUUUCUGCGAAUUCUUGUCGACAUUGGCACAAUAUCGGGUCUUAGCUCAGUUUGUUUUGCCUGCCACUUUGCGAUGCCUCGCCUUGUCAUGGCAUUAGCUAAAGACGGACUUUUGCCACCUGUAUUGUCCUGUGUGCAUCCUCGACUGAAAACCCCUGUGAAUGCUACAUUAUUUUGUGGUGUAGCCGGUGCUCUCAUUGGCGGACUAUUCCCGCUGGAAAUGCUUGGCGAGAUUAUUUCGCUUGGUACACUUGUGGCUUUCACUAUUGUGUGUGUCUCCAUGUGGAAAAUUCGAAUUGAUUUUCCGGACUUUCCGAGGCCGUUUGUUGCCCCAUUUUUUCCUUUUGUUCCUCUUCUUGGGGUUACGUUCAAUUCUUUACAAAUGUUUUUCUUGCCGCUGGUAGCGUGGCGCAACUAUAUCGUAGUUGUGGUAAUUUCCUUAUCCUGGUACCUCUUCUACGGGAUCCGACACAGCAAACUGCACACACUGGACCCCUCUUCUUGGCGCGGUUUUGUUUACACCGAGAGCGGCACUGCACCGCAUUCAUCUAAAGAGGAGGGGCGAAUGGAAGAGGCUUGCUCGCUUGAACUUCCCAUGGAGAUGGCGGGGCGAAGACGAACCUCCUUUGUGUCGGUAUAA